AUGGCGAGUGCCAAGUAUUCGCCACAACCGGUGGCCGAUUCCGACUCCGGGGAGUCGGACUACGACUCCGAACGAUGUGUGGAAAAUCUCCAGAAUCGAAUGCCCCACUGGAACUGCUGCGUUUGGUUCUGCAUCAUUGUGGCGACUGCGAUGAUCAUCUCGGAGGUCUUAGCCUGGUUGAGACAACCCGUCUGUGGUUCGGCCAACUUCAGCUGGAACGAGGUGAUUCCACCCAACACGGUGAACCAAAUUGAACGGAACAACCUGGCAACCAUGUUGCAGGAGUAUGAUGUGCUGGGACUGUGGACCAAGCUUUGGCACUUCGAUGUCUACGAAAAUGCUACAGCACUGUCAAGUUCAGGCACAGAUCAACAAGCCAAAAUUUUCAGAGGAUCCUGGUCCAAUGGGCAUUUGCUCUUUGGUUUCCUGGAAAAGAUGGCCUAUGUAGAUACGACUGGGCCAGAGAAACUGGUGGCCUUGGAAGGUCGCAAGAUGUGGGGAACCAUCGGCUCCAGCUUUGAGCUUUGGUUGUGCUCAAGACCACAGCAUAGCUAUGAAGUCAGCGUGGACUCUGAGCCCUGGGAACUCACCGUGGUGUACAACAUCCACCGAAUGCCCAGUCGUGAGCUGAUAGCGAAGACCCGCUUCGAGCUGAAAGACGUGAGCUUUUGGAGCGACGAGUCCUAUUGGGAAGCCACCGUGAUCGCUGCUGGCGGCAAUGACACUGGAGAGGUGAUCGGAACGGUGAAGCAAAACAUUUCAUCCUUCGACUCCAAGUGGUUCGUUGUUAACAAAAGACCAGACCUGCUGCCCAACGAGGUCAUGUCAUUCAUGACAUUGGUCUAUGAUGUGGAUGAGACACGACAAAGUUAA